ACAUCCGCAAACCCUCCGGCAUCCGAGCACCCAAGAUGGCGGCUAGCACUAGAGGAGUUUGCUGGUUCGGUCGCGCUAGAUUCUCGGGUGCUAGGGCGGCCAUAAUCUCGAAACAGCUUAACGCUGGCAGAAGAAUAUCUUUGAAAUACCUGAGAACAUGUGCCUCAUUAGACGUUGCUUCAACUCAAGUUCUCAUGCCAGCCUUAUCACCCACAAUGGAGACUGGUACUAUUGUAUCUUGGCUGAAGAAGGAGGGAGAUACUAUUGAGCCUGGUGAUGCGCUAUGUGAGAUUGAGACAGAUAAAGCUACGCUUACACUAGACACUGAUGAACAAGGGGUCCUGGCAAAGAUAGUUAUACCCCCUGGGACUAAGAAUGUCAAAGUGAAUGAACUGAUUGCAUUGAUUGUCGAGGAGGGGGAAGAUUACACAAAAGUUGUGGUCCCUGUUACAGGGAGUACUGGAACCUCCGAUGAGGCAGAAGACGAGGCACAAAGCUCUGCUACACCACACAAGGGAUCAUUGUUAUCCUUCUCACCCGCUGUGAGAUACAUGUUAGAGACCAACAAGAUAGACUCAAGUGCUAUCCCCGCAACAGGACCUCAUGGUCGUCUCCUAAAGGGUGACAUCCUGAGGUUCCUUGCUCAGGGGGGUAGUGCUGAAACUGCAAGCAAACCCCCACCACCCCCUACACAGGUGUCUGUACAUCCCCCCCAAGGGCAAGCCCCCCCAGUUGUGUCAUCUGCGCGAAAAGCCGUCCCUCAGCCAGUGACACCUGCCACGCCAUCACCUGGCACCUUCACUGAUGUUCCUAAUACUGAGAUGCGGAGGGAAAUUGCCAAGAGAUUGUUAAAAUCAAAGACAACCAUACCACAUGUGUAUGCUUCUACCGACUGUGUCAUGGAUAACCUACUGCAGCUCAAAUCCCAUCUGAAGGAGAGGGGCCUUACUGUUUCUGUCAAUGACCUGCUAGUCAAGGUAGCUGCUGUCUGUCUACGCAAAGUUCCUGAGAUGAAUGCAGUAUGGAAUGGUAAAGAGAUCGAGUACCUAAAGGAUAUUGACCUUGCUGUUGAUGUAGCCACUGAUGUUGGCAUCAUAACACCAGUCAUCAGAAAUGCUGCUUAUCUGGACCUGUCACAGAUUUCACUUGUCGCUCAUGAUAUAGCUACAAGGGCCCGUGACAACAAGCUCCACGAACAUGAAUUCCAUGGCGGCUCCCUCACCCUCUCCAACCUGGGCAUGUUUGGAGUGACCGAAUUCUCGGCUAUCAUCAAUCCACCACAGGCUUCAAUCCUGGCAGUCGGUGCCACCCGGCUUUCCGUCAGUACGGAUGGACAGCUACAGAAUGUUAUCACUGUCAAGCUGUCAUGUGAUGCACGAGUUGUCGACAAUCAGCUCGCCUCCCGGUGGCUAGAGACAUUUAAAUUAGGUAUAGAGAACCCAGCCCUGGCUGGUUUGUGAAACAGUCUUAGAGACUUAAGUGAAGAGACUAAGUGAAGAGACUUGCCUAAAUGGGACUUGAGUAUAAGGGCUCCCUUCUUAUAAUUCCUUAUAAAGUCUUGUUUAUGCGAGUUCUACUGUAUUGCAAAUCCAACCCAUGCUAGCUUGUGAAGUGACAGUCUUUUGAGAUCUAAGCCUCUUCUCUGGAUAACUUGGUGUGGUUUUUGAUGGUGUAAAAUCAGAAAAAAAACUAAGGUGAACAGGCCCUACCCAGGAUUUUUUCUGGGGGGGGGAUGGACCUAAUGGGGAGGGGAGGGAAGGGAUGGAAUGAGUUCUCUGAUAAAAAUCUGACCAUCCCCGAAAGAACAAAAAGGGAUUUUUUUUAUGCGUUGCAGUAUCUCCACAGGACGUUUAUCGUCAUAUUUGGCUACAUACCAGAGUGAUCUAGCUUAUGCUUUAUAGUUUUGUCUACAAAUUGCAAGUCCAUUGGGAACAUAAAGUGGACCUUCAGUCGUUGUGGGGGAGGGGUGUUCCCACCCCCCUGUGUACGGGCCGGGUGAAUGCCUGUGCAGUAUUUCAAUAAAACAUUGUCAGGGCAAAUGGCGAAUGGCAAUUGGCAGUUCUAAGACCAAUUACUGCUAAUGGGUAUAAUUAUUUUUAAGAAUAAAGAUGUUAAUAUAAUCACAAAGUUAUCCACAUUUUCCUACAUUCAGUAUAUAGAAAUUCCAAGGUAUUUCUUGAUAGCAGAAUUGCAAUUUUGCAUUUGCCAUUUGCACUGACAACAUAUUUUGAAAUAGGUGUAUACAGAGUAUGUACACCGUCCAACGCCUCCAAGGUGACUCCUGAAACGUUUAUACAGUACAUUGUUUAGUAAAACACGUUUAGGGUAUAAUUGCAUAACAAGAAUUUGAAUUUAAAAUAGAGACCAUUGAGAAGUUUUGUCAAGGUGUGACACUAUGGAAUGUAAAGCAGUCUCAGAUGGCUGAGAAAAGCUGUUUUUAUUGUUUAAAAAAUUAAGAAUAAGUAUUUGAAAAUAGGUAUGUCUUAAAACAAUAAAUCAAGACUAGAGCUCGAUUACUGUUGAUUAUUUUGUGAACCACAUCUUUCACAGCCUAUAUUUUGUAAAAGAAGAUAAAACCAGUAGUUCCUGGUAAAACCGGUUACCCUACCAGCAUCUGUGCAUGUGGGGUAAAUGAGGUAAAUAAAAAAUGGAGGGCAGGAAUGGUUGUGAUUUUGAAUAAAGAAACUAUUUUGAGCUAAAAUGAUUCCUUUUUUAGUGUUUAAACAUAGUCGAGGGAGUAUAGUGGGAGUAUAGUAUUUCUAUACUGUAUAGAGUAAGGAACAAUUUGUAUUGGGCUUCAAACUCGCUAUACUGACAUUCUAUUGGCAAAAUUGAAAUAAAGGAAGACUCAAACGCAA